UGAGCUUGGCUACUCCCGAACAAACAGCAACACAUUUUCGCAGAUAAAAUAAUUUUUUAUUUUUAGUUUUCACUAAACUAAAUGAAUUUAAAAAUUAAACUGUCGAUAUAUUUUGAAAGCACUGGAAAAUAUCUAAACUCCUGAGACUUGAACAGAUUUUGCACAAAAUGUCCCGAGUAACACGUCAAAAACAUGUCCUCAAAGAGAUGAUGGAGGACGAUUAUGAACUGCCCAAGGAGAAUCAACAAAUAGUUCGCGUAGUUUGCAGCCGCGGAAACAAUCUGCAUGAGGUGGAAACCGCCAAUGUGGGAGAAGAUCGUUUUCUUGUGACUAUGCCCAACAAAUUCCGCAAAAAUCUUUGGGUCAAGCGUGGCGACUUUAUUGUAGUUGAACCCAUUGAAGAGGGUGACAAGGUUAAAGCUGAAAUAUGUAAAAUUUUAACAACAGAACACAUCAAGGAAUACAGUAAAGCCGGCGUGUGGCCUGAGAGAUUCAUUAAAAAGUCCAACAACGAGCAUUGCCCAAUAAACGGUACUUACAGUAAUCGGGAGGCCCCAAGCAAUGGGAAUUCGUCUAAUGAUGAUGAUGAUGAUGAUGACGAUGACCUAGAGCCUAAUACAAAUCGACCUGUUGCCAGGAUAAUAGAUGAUUCAGAUGACAGUGAUGAUGACGAUAGCAGUUCCGAAGAGGAUGAAAGUUAGAGGAAUUCUUAGUAUAUACCCCAAAAUAUUUUUAUUGGAAAUAAAUAAAUACCAUGUUUUUUCUGUGCUGAGUACAGUUUUGUAAA